AUGAAUAAGAAGUUUAUACCAAGAUCAAUAUUUCCUGACUACAAUAUUAGUCUAUCACAUUUUAAAGGACAUCAACAGAAAGCAUUAGUCAAGUUAGGUCAUUUAAUGCCUCAAAUUGAUUUAUUAUUAGAAAUUAGAGAUUCAAGAGCACCAAUAUCAACUAUAAACCAACUAUUCAACAAGAUAUCACCAAAUAAACAGAAAUUAAUAUUAUAUAGUAAGAAAGAUCUAUCUAUACUAAAUAAAUCACUAUUAGACAAAUGGCACAGUUUUCGAAAUGAACAAUAUAUGUUUGUCGACUGUCGUUCAAAAAACGAUUCAAAAAGAAUAAUCAAAACUAUAACUAACUUAUAUAAUUCCAUGGAAUCACCACCACCAUUAGGUCUACGAUUAAUGAUUAUUGGAUUCCCAAACGUAGGUAAAUCAACACUAGUAAAUACAUUAAGAAACGUAGGUUUAAAUAAUAAUCAAUUCCGCAAAGUUGCAAGAACUGGUGGUGCACCAGGCAUAACUAAAUCAACGAGUGAAAUUAUACGAAUUAGUCACGAUCCAGAAAUAAUGAUUUAUGAUACUCCUGGAAUUUUCAUUCCGAGUGUUAAAGAUAUAGAUACUAUGUUAUCAUUAUCUCUUGUUGGUUGUAUAUCUGAAUCAUUUAUUGAUCCGGUGAUACAAGCAGAUUAUUUAUUAUACUUACUUAACUUACAAGAUGAAUCAGGAUGCAAAUAUAAUGAGUACUUGUCUUAUCCAACUAAUGAUAUUUAUGAAUUAUUAUAUAAUAUAGCUAAAUCAAGAGGUGGUUUAAAAAAAGAUGGAACUUACGAUGAGUUAGGUACUGCUUUACAUUGGUUGAAUUUAUGGAAACAAGGGAAAUCAAACCAAUAUAAAGGUGUUUUUGAUAUUUCUGUAAUUAAAGAAAUGAACACACAAGAUUUAAAAAAAAUAAAUGAUGAUGAAAUUGAAAGAUUAAAUGAGACUAAAGUAUCACAAAGAUUGGAUAAGAGUUUUGGUGGUGAUAAACGUAGAAAUAGAACUGCUAAAGAUCGUCAAUAUGAUAUGAGAAAUAGAUUAUUUAAAUUAUAG